AAAGCCAAACACAAAAUGGCUUGUGAUUAAAAACAACUCUUUGGACACUGGUCAAAAUGGACAUUUUGGUGAUUAAACCUAUGUCUUUUGAGUUAUAGUUCGGUAUGCAGAAAGAAAUGAUUGGUGGUUGUUGUGUGUGCGGGGAUGAAAGGGGAUGGACGGAGAAUCCACUAGUUUAUUGCGAUGGUCACGGUUGUAAUGUUGCCGUCCACCAAGCUUGUUAUGGAAUUGUUUCUGUACCGACCGGACCCUGGUUUUGUCGUAAAUGUGAAUCUCAAGAAAGAGCAGCUAGAGUAAAAUGUGAUCUGUGUCCUCAGAAGGAAGGUGCUCUGAAACGGACUGAUACAGGAGGUUGGGCCCAUGUGGUAUGUGCUCUUUAUAUUCCUGAAGUGUCCUUCGGAGAUGUGACAACCAUGGAACCAAUCCAAGUAUCGUUUGUUCCUCAUGAUCGAUACAAUAAGGUUUGUUAUGUAUGUGAACAAAAAUCCAUGGGGACAAAGGCCACAAGUGGAGCAUGUAUGACAUGCAAUAAGAAUGGAUGUCGGUACUCAUUCCAUGUCACUUGCGCUCAGUCAGAUGGACUUCUGUGUGAAGAAGCUGGUCAAUACACAGACAAUGUCAAAUACACUGGCUACUGCAGCACUCACUUCCAGAAAUUGAAGAAGGAUAAAGAUAUAAAAACGAUUCCACCGUUCAAGCACCCGACAAAUGUUGUUAGUCCUGAGAAAGGACAGGCAUCUGAACGUGACAAGCAAAGAAUCAAUUAUGGUACUGAAAAAUCGCGCCAAGUGGCAAAUGAAAAAGCCAAGAGCAACGAUAAGCCACGUUUGACUGUAACCGAGAAGUCCAAACAGAGUACAGCUGAGAAGACACGACAAGACAAGCAGAAGCAGAAAGGUGAAAAACGAUCAAAAUUGACAGAACACAUUGCUGGUGAGUUGCCAAAGAGUGAAUCUGAAGGCGACGAUUCCUCAUCUUCUAUUGCAAACGGUGCCAUUGAUAAAGGCAAGUUCACCACAGCUAACUUUACAGAAACUGUCAUUCCAACUCCGUCUGUGCCUCCCUCUGCUGCAUUGCUCGAAAAGACCUCAUUAACGAAGGCCAGAAAAUCACACAGCUCGGCAAGUAGUAGUCCCAAGCAUGGGAAUGUAGACGUUCACGAAAAACAGAGAGAAACUUGCAGUGCACCUAGUAGUCCAUCAUCUAUCGAUGUGGAGAGCGUGCAGUCUAUGAGUAGUCGAAGCUGCCACAGCAAGUCCGACAGCAUGGAUAAGAUUUCGGAGGCUUCUUCCGUGAAGACCAACGGUACUCCCUCUGUGACAACAGAAACGGUUAUGCAAACUGAUCUACCGCCAUCUCUUGAAAGUCCUAAGUCGGAAUCCGGGCAGGCUCCACCGGUCGUAAGCCCAACCAGUUAUGAGAACUCAUACAAAGAGUUUAUGGCAAGGUACACAAGCAUUCCGAAUGAAAAGUCAAAGGUGCAAGCGAACUUGAAAAUGGGUCACGUGAAGUUGGAAGAAACUGAAAAGAAAAAGUCAAAAUCUGAGAAGAGAAAGGAUGCCAAGGUGGGUCGGCCGAGAAAGAAGUUUAAGGAUUUUCCGGAACCAUUAAAGAAGGUUAGAAGAUCCAGCAGCUCUUCCCACAGUAGUCCUACAAAGAAAUCUGGUAACUUUAGCCUGCUUCAUGAUAUGCAUGAGUAUGCACAAUCAUCUCAUAUACAAAAAACGGCCAAUGCAAAGUAUGCUGUUAAGCAUGUGGAUAUAGCCUCACUUAGAUCUGGCCAAGAGACAGAAGCGACCAUUAGAGACGUGUUUAAUACAGCUGGUCGUAGUGGGAUUCUUGUUGGCCCUCAGCUUCCGUCUUCAGCAUCAACUCAUCGAGUGAGACCUCAAAAUACUGUGCAAGCAACCUCCAUGGAACAGUUGCUAGAAAGGCAGUGGCAGCAGGGUUCAGAUUUCCUCAUGCAACAAGCAAGUCAUCUUGAUAUUGCCUCGUUGAUAUCAUGUCUGUACCAGCUCCGACAGGAGAAUCAUCGGUUAGAAGAACGUAUCACGUCCCUUGAGCAACGGAGGGACCAUCUGCUAGCCGUAAACGCACGCUUAACUGUACCUCUGCAUCAAGCAAACAAUGCCUACCCCAGUGAGGAAAACGCUUCCAGGACUCCGCGUGUAAACAAUAUCUACAAUCACAAUGAUGCGAAUACAAAUCCCAUUCAUUUAGAAUUAAAUAGUAGCCACAGUAGUCAAGGAAGUGUGCAGAGCAGUUUGAACCAGUCACUGAGUAACAGCCGAAGUACGCCCCAAUCCAAUCGCAUCAGUCCUGCUCAUGCCAGCAGCCAACAAGCUCAAGUUCACAGCCAGUCUCCACACAUAGUGCUAGCCACUUCUCAGCCUGCUUCCGUGAUCCAGGGCAGGGGUACCCCUGUCCAUUCCAGUGCUGGACAAGUUCAUCCUGGAAAUCCUCAGAUAACUACUACACAAAUGGCACUGAUGACCAGUCCAGAAAGCUCCUCUGGUAGGGCUUCCCACACAAGCCCCGAAGGUCGGCCAAGAGAUCAUGCUUUGAUAAUGCGAGACCUUCCUGUACAAGAAGCAUUACGGCACAGCUCGGCCAUUCACCAACAUAUUUUAUACCAACAACAACUUGAGCAACGACAGCAGCAGCAGCAACUAGCUUACCAAAUGAUGCAUGGCAUAUCUCACCCAGGCCAGCAGGCGGCCGCUAACUGUGUCAUACAGAUGAAUGGUGACAUACCGGCAUUCGCGCAUCAACAGCCGACACCAAAAAAUUCAAGACGGAACGAGAAAAGACAACAUGGUGGGAAGGACAAGACGUAACAAAUGAAGGAAUUCUGGAUGAAGCCAUACGAUUUGACUCGAGAUUUGAACGUGCAACUAUUUGCUAUCAUCCAGGUUAUUACACUUCACCCUUCUCCCACAUUUCUAUUUUUAGAUAUAUAAAAUUUAGGAGUAAGGAGUUUUUAGUACAUUGUAUUUUUUACAGUAAUUUUUUUUUUCAGAAAAACUCAUUAUCAUGACCAAACUUGGUGAAUUGUAUUUGAAGUUCAAAUAUUAAAUUUACCAAUUGCCAAAAUAUAUAAACAUUGGAAAUAGAUGCAUGCAAAGCUUUGAACUACAGGUCUCCCUCCAAUUAAAAACCACUAUUGAGACUGGGAUUUGCAUGGUCUUUAGCAGCUUUGGUCUCUAAUUAGAAUAAUAAAGAUAAGAGACAUUUUCUUAAUAUGGGCCACAGAAAAGUGGUUUUUAUUUGGAGGUGUCUUUAAUUAGAAGAAGAUCUGUAGCUAAGAAAUAAAGGUUUUUGUAAUGCAUAUUGAAAUAGCUUCGAUAUAUGGAAUCUAUAGAUAGAUGAAAAGUUUUACACAAUCUUUUGUAAUUUUAUAUUUAAAAUUAGUUUACAGUAUAAGGUAUGUCAUUUUUCAUAAGAUCUGGCAACCAUACUGAAAACAAUUAACCUUCACUGUACCAGAUCCUACAACACAAAUAAAUGACGUGUUUUCAACAAUAUUUUGUAAUUUUAUAUUUUAAUUGGUAUGGUGCAUACUUCGAUACUAAGACGAACUUAUACCAGGGACAUUUUCAGAAAAAAGUGUGGGCAGGAGUGAUUGCUAUAUUUAGAAUGUUUAUGAUCUGCUGUUUAUAUAAUAGUAGGGCACAGAAGAGUGCAACUAAGGCAUAGAUUUAUUAUGAGAUACUAGAAAUCUAACUCCAAUUUAUUUGAAACUCAAAAAUAGAAGCGAUACCUUAAUUCACCUAAAAUGAUGUGAUGGUAGAGUUCUAAACUGAAACACUAUAGCGAACAUUAAAAUGCUCAACAUUUCUUUGGCUUUCCUUUUAAAAAAAAUAUGUGAUAAAAUGUUCAAAUAUUGUGCAUGAAUGCUGAUUCCUGGCUCUCACCCAGACGUGCAUACAUGAGAAAUCACACAGAUGCUCUUUGGCAUUUUAUCUAGUUAGCACCUAUUAUUCUUAUGAAUAACUUUAUGGUUUCAAGGCAUGCUAUUGUUAUAGAUAUGUUUAUACUGUUUUAACCAUGGGCAUAAAACAAUGUCAAAAUUUCUACAUGGCUGCUAUUACAAAACACAUUGUUUAAAACGUUGGAAAAGUGCAGGAUUGAACAUCUGUAUGAGCAUUGCAAUUACUAUACUGUACUUCCCAUAAAGUUUUGGUUGAUUUAGAGUAAAGUACUGUAGAUGUAUAUUGUACAUAUUAUGUCCUCAAAAAUGCAAACUACCUCACCAGGCAGAGAUACAUAGGAACAAGAAUGUAAUACUCUUUUCACACUGCCGCUAUUUUGCAAAAUAGUAACUAGUAACAAGUUUGCACCAGGUUUGUGUAGUGUGAAAGUAAGUUCAUGUAAAACUUUUCAAAUUAUCGCAGGUGACCCCUGUGAUAUCUCGCAAGAAACACAGGCUUCAUCAAGGUUUGGAUGGUUUGAACUACUGUGUGUGAAACGAAGAAAAUGUCUUGGGAGAUCAAAGCUGUUACAAAGUGUUACUCAUUGUUAAAAAUUGAAAGAUUUUCUGUUAGUGUGAAAAGGGUAUCUUGUUUGCAGUUGUCAUUGCUUUCACAAUUGUACAAUAAAAAACUCUCUUCCCCACCCCCCUUCAGAACCUUUUCAUGAUGUCUGCUCCACAGUGUGCACUGAAUGAUAAUAUAUAAAAAGUUGAAACAUUCUCAAACAUGGAAAGUUAUAGUACCACUUUCAGCUGUAGAGGACACAAAACCAAAUUCUUUACACAAUACUUGUACUCUUGUGAAAAUGCUGAUAACUGGGAAUGGCAUUUAACAACAAUUUAUUUUUAGUAUGAUAAGGAUGAUGGUACCAAGUUUCUGUUUGAUUCAACAGUAUAAUAGUCUGCAUAGAGUAAAAAUUAUUGAAUGCUAGUCCUCUAAAUUUGUAACUAGAGUUUCCCUAACACUUUUUUCAAAGUGAGUGUUCCAAUAUGCUAAAAAUCGAGUUUUGUAAAUUAUAAAUCUAUGAAUUAAAAUUGUUUAUGUUGAAAUUAGAAACUUUUAUGUACAUCAUACAUCCUGCUUUUAUAUUGAAAUUUGAUUGGGCAAUGAAAGCUUCAGUCAUAAUGCAUCUGUAAGGUUAAGCUGGUCCAGCACAGUAAUGGAAGGACUGAGGCAGCCAUUUUGUUGCGUACUGACAAAUCAUCUUCCUGGUUACAGUACUGGGGCGGAUGCAGGAUUUGGCGUUAGAGGGUGCGUGAAAAUCCACACAAACUCAGAAAACCAUUUUUUAGGCUGAGGUGAGAUUAUUUUGAGAAUAUGGACCUCUAGGUGGCGCUCUGAUAAUUUUUAAGUAUUACCAGAACUAUGCUCAAUAAAUUGAAUAUACGAAAAACAGUGAUCUCAUUGUCUGCACCCCUACCUCUUGCAUCCGCCCAGCAGUAGCACUAAAGUUUUUUUAUAAUAGCUCUAUGUACUAGGUGUUUUUGUAGAUGCGUUUCACAACUCUCAACAUUUAAUUUUGUAGAUGCGAUUCACAACUCUCAACAUGAUGAGGUUUUGCCAUCCCAAAACCAGCAUCAGUCCACAUUAUAAGCUUUAAAAUGAUGAGUCGCUUACUGGAAUCAUUGCCAAAGUUACGAGUAAAAUUAUUAUGGCUUCUCUGUAUACAAUGCUGCCACAUUCUUAUGCUAAUUGCUUACAUUACUUAAUUUAGUGGCAUUAUGCUGGUUUUAGAAUGGCAUGCCCCAUGUUGUAUGCUAAGGGGAAUAGAGUGAAAUACUGUGACCCCUUCAGAAUACUAUACAUUUUUUUAAACACACAAUCUGUCUUCAUAUGUUAUAAAAAUAUUGAUAGUUGUGAAUUUUCAGGUUUUUUUUUUAGUUUAGUUUGAAUUAAGGAUUAUUUUAUAUAAUAUUGUCACUCCCUCUUGUUUGUACAGUACUGGUUAAUUACUACAUUACUUUAGCAUGGCAAAUAACACUGUAUUUUGCAGAAAGCACACUGCAUGUCAUUGUAAACUAAAACCAUCUCAUUUUGCCUGACAUAUGAACAAAAUCUCAUAUAAGAGGGUCAAGUGCACAAUUGAUUACUUAUUUCAGUUAGUGGAAAAAGGUGGUUAUAACAAGAGUUAACUCCACAGUCAGUAGUAAAUCAGUUGUGGUAGGACAUAUAUCGUUUCUUAGGUGGGAUAUUAAUGAUUUUAGUAGAAAAUUAUUGUAUAAAAGUGUAAUCUUUUGGUAAAUUUGAUGAACAUAUAUACCUGAAGACUUUCGCCAAGUCUCUUUCUGUUUGGUACAGCACCACAAGCGUGCAACAUUAAAUACAAGAAUUGCUUUACUCGUUGAUGGCGCUGUACCUAGUAUGACACAAGAUAUUACAGCCGGGAAUCAGUAUUUUUUGUUGUUGAUUUUUUUUUUCUUAUUUUGAUAGUUCAUGCAUGGUGAUAAAAACUUAGCCAAUGAUAAUGUAGGCCCUCUCGCAACUCUUCAUUAUAGUCGCAUGCAUUAACGAAUAAUUAGUGCUCAGGAUAUUUCUAUUUCAACAAGAUUGAUAUUAACUGAUUUGACUACUGCCGCAACCCAUAAUAUCCAUGCUCUUUCUGUAUUACUGAUCUUAAUCGUACACACAAUCGCAGAGUGGAUUGCUAUGGAUGUUUUCAACAGGCAUAAAAGAAUGAACGCGAGUCUGAAUAUAAUUUAACGUCAAUACAAGAGGGCGCAAUUAUAAUCUAGAGUUUUAAAUUUUGGUGUCAUAUUUUAUCCUUAUAUUUAUUUAUCCAUAUUUAUGUACUAUAUUUGUAAUUUCUAAUUUAGCAAUUUAUGAUAAUUUUGUUUACAAAUAUGUAGAAGUUUAAAAAAUAUAAUUAAUGGGAUUCAAUGUGGUCUUCCUCAAACUAUUGUACCAAUAUUUUUUUCCAAUGGCAUAUUAAUGCCAAAGAGGCUGGUAAACAAAUACAUUUUGUGUUAUACAGAUUAGUGAUUUUAACCCCCUGAGGUUACUUUAUUGCGUGCCUUCUAUAGGAAAAGGUUUAGAAAACCAUAACCGUCACUGGCAGAUCCAGGAAUUCAAAAUAGAGGGGAUUUCACAGAUGGAAGUUCUUACUCUAUUUAUGAUUAUGACACCCCCAAAUGGCCAGAAAUAGCCUAAUAAAUUAUGGAAGGCCCUGGCCAGCUCUUCCUCCCCAUUGGAUCUCCUUCCCCCUCCCCAUUAAAUCUCCCUCCCCAUUAAAUCUGCCACUGACCAUCUCACUCUUUUGAAAGCCCCAGUGAUAUUUACUGCCAUAGAAAAAUUAUUGUAAUGUAUUUUUGGAAUGUUAGCGUUAAUUUUUAAAUCAUCAAAGUUUAAAUGAAAUUUCUGGUAGCUCUUCUGUUUAUAUUUCAUUCAAAUUACUCAAUUUAAGCAAUAUGAAAAUGAUUUGUUUAAAUUACUAUAUAUAGAAUGUAGCCAUUCAGAGCAUAGUAUUUUCUAUCAUAUAAUAGCAUGCCACAUUUUGUAACUAAAAGGGACAAAAUUGUUUUAAUGUUCUUGGCUUGUUCGUGUGUAUGUUUGCCCGUUGAAGUUCCAGUUAAUGUUGGUACAGUACUCCAUACAAACUGAUUUUGUACAAGUAAUUGUUGAAACUAUUUUACUAGCAGCAGUCAUAUCUGCUGUUAUUGAUAUAAACAUUUUGUAAGAAUUGUAAAUUUCUCAUGAAUUGUGAUUUGAAAUAAUGUAUUUAGAUAUUUGUACGUUCUAAAGGUCACACACAUUGACCUUUUGUACGGAAUUUUGCGAUUUUAGAAUCAAGUAAUCUCGUCAUCAGUUUGGAUAUCAGAGAAUAAAUUUGUUUUAUUGAUCAAAAUAUUUAGUGUUUCAAAAUUGGCACAUAGUUUUAUUGAAUUUAUGAAUUACUGCUCAUUUUUGGUAUUAAAAUUAUUUCUUAAAAAGGUUUAUUAUUAAUUUGUUUGUGAGCCACCAAUUUUAUAAAAAAGUUGGUACAUACCAUCGUUAUUUUAAACUUGGAAAAUUUUAGCAAAUUCAGCAACCAUAACAAUAUAACAUUGGCAUAUUGGUUCCACAAUGCAUUUUAUAAUUAAGAAACCAAAGAUGUAUACUUGCUGAAUUUGGAAACCAUUUACAAACUUAUUUUUGCAUAAAUUUUGUUAAUAUUGUACUUUCUUCUCUAGCAUGUUGGUUGUCUAUGCUACUUUUCUGGCACCUUUUGUCUAAUAUUUUUAAUGUUACAAAACUUUAUUGCCAAGUGGUACAAAAAACAAUGUUAAACAUGAAAUUUUGUGGGUAAAUUGUAAAAACGGUGAACAAAAUUCAGCCCAUGUUUUUAAAACUUAUUUGUACCUUCGUCAGCUCUAGAUUUAGAUUUAUGAAAACUUGUUUUUGUCUUGGAUACAUUUUGUAUUAAACACAAAGCAGCAAUUUGUAAUUUA